AUGACUGAAACAAAGAAAAGCACACAUAGUAUGCGGAAAAAAAUAAAGACUGCUAUUAAGAAGUUCACAGUAGGAAAAAAGGCUCUAAAAGCUACAGAGGCCCCCAAAAAUGAUGAUAUUUCAGACGAGGAGGCAAAGAUAACAGAGCUAGAAGAGACUUGGGUGAGUGCAGCUCCAUACUCUGGACAAUAUGACAGAAAGCCACAUAUCAUUGCAUUCCUAUCUAAGAUUGAAGCAAGAACUGAGAUAGACUCAGAAAGGAUUGAUAUCUUUGCACAGGAGGCAAAAGGAGAAAUCAGCCAGUGGUGGGUGCGGCUAACAGUAAAGCCACAGAAGUGGAAAGAUCUAAGAAGUUGGGUUAUUGAGGAUAUGGAUGGCAUAGAGGGAAUAAAGCGCCUUCGCGAGGGACAGACAAGAAACUCAAACUAUUAUUAA